AUGUCGUUAAAUUGUUGUAGUGUUUUUUUUCCAGGAUAUCCAAAACUGAUCGAUCCUGAAAGAAGACAAUUAACUGCUUGUGAGAAUCUACCGGUCAAAAUAAGUUGUCCAAUACGUGACUUGGUAUAUGCGCGUAGUAUUCACUGGGUGGUACCACCCAACGCUCGUAAUUUAGUGCGCCUUUCUCUGGAUGCAGCUCUUUUUUUGACAUUUCAAUUAUCUAUGACAGAUUUGCAUAGUCUGGAUUUAUUUGUACAAAACGCGACUGAGGAAAUUGUUGGCCAGUAUUACUGUGUUGUCACAAGCUCAUAUUACUCGUUCAAAGACGAUCUAUACGUCAAUAUUACUAAGUGCGCAGAUAUGAUAGAACUCACUUACGCAGGGGACGGAAAUUAUUCGUCGGUGAGGCUUAACGUUUCUGAAUAUCCGUUACACAUGCGAUAUCCAAUUAUUCCCGGUCGGCAAUUUCUUGGCCGCGAAAUUAACUCAAUACAUGUGGUAAUGACUAAAAAACAGCCAUUAGGAUCUGCAGUGACGCUUACUUGUCGAGUUGACGGUCCAAUACAGAACCUCUACUUUACCGACCGAUUAAAAAACUUCACAAAGAGCGAAAACUCUGAGGAAAAUAUCGUCUCGACAGAACUAGAUAAUAUUGGACCAAGAGAAUGCGGAUAUUAUACCUGCAUUGUGGAACUAACGGGCUGCUUUCUUGGCCUGAAAGGUAACGUCUGUACCGCAGAAGUAUCUGUAGAAAUUACAUUAGCAGAGUAUGACAUGGACAGCUGGGAGGAUUACAGCCGUGAAUUUUUCCGUUUAAAGAACGUUGAUUGA